AUGUCAAUGUUUCGAAGGCCAGGAGACAGCUCGUCGUCCAGUGAGGAAGAGACCUCCAGCACUCGCGAAGUGGAUACCUCCCCUGUCCGGGAAGAGACGGACAAUCUGCUCUCGAGAGUCAACACUCUGGAGUCCACAUUGUCCGUACCUCAUUCUUUGCCAGCAGCAGGAGCAUCUCCGGUCGAUCGCCCUGGUUUGUCGCGAACCAACACCGGUGACAAUAUCCGGGACCUUCUACUGCACUCGUUGCUCGAAGACAAAGCUCUCGCCGAUGCCGCAGAGCACCUGGGUAAGAGCAAGACCGAUCCAGACGUGUUGGCGCUCGCACAGCAGACAUACCAAGGUCUAGCCAGCCAGUUCUCUAGUCAGGUCGAUAGUAGCUUCGCUAGCAACGACAUGCGCAUGCAACGCCUUGCCGCGAAAGAAGGUAUCAACCGAGCCACCCAUCUACAUAUGACCGGUCUCACUACCGCUGCUACCGCGACGGGAACUAUUGCAGCUGCAGGAGUGUCUCAAGCUUUGGUCACUCGGCCUUCUCUCCAUGGCGUACCAGCUCAGAGCUCCCCAAUACUGUCGCAGGAGAUGGAGAGAAUGAAUGAGCUUUACCGUCAACUUCCGACGUCUAUUCAGGACCACACUACCCUGCACAACAACCGCUAUGCUCGCGAGUACGAAGAGAUCGAGAUGGUCGGCAAAGGCGGUUACGGCAAGGUCUUCAAGGCCAAGCACAAGCUGGACAACGCAUACUAUGCGGUAAAGCGCAUCUGCAUCAACUCCCAUAGGCUUCAAAGGAUCCGCGAACGCGGCGAUGAGGAACUUCACAGCAUACUCGAAGAAGUCCGCUCCCUUGCUCAGUUCGACCACAACAACAUCGUUCGAUACCAUGGUGCAUGGAUGGAGUUCUCUGCCGCCGUCGCGGAUAUUCCUGAGUCAUCUACUGGUGGACUUACCCGUCCAAACCGCCUUAUAGAGCACGUAUCCGAGCCUUCCUUCAGCGAGAGUGCUGCGGGCCCAUUGUAUGACAGCUUCAGUGCUCUGGAUAUAGACGAUCCCUUUGAGCGUAGAACGCUUGAGUCGGCAGGAUAUAUCCAGUUCGAGGACAGCGACACAGGUGCGCCAGCAGAGGAGUCGUCCAGGCGUUUCACAAAGGAAGAGAAGGGAAAGGGAAAGAUGCGCCGCGGAAGCCAGGCUACAAUUGCGACCAUCUCGUCUACGAGGUCACGCCUGAGCGCUGUUCAAGAUGUCGACGAAGGGCAAGACGAGGUCGUCGAGACAAUUCCUCGAGGCCAUGAACCGACGUUUGAGGAGUCCGAAAGCAUGGUGACAGACAGCGAAGUUCCCAACCAGCUGAUCUCCAUGCGGAGCAGGGGUCCAGUGUUAACUCUUAACAUCCAGAUGUCUCUCUACGAUACUAAUUUGGCGGCUUUCUUGUCUACCGAGCAAGGUUUCCCUAGUCAUUGCUUCCACCCUUGCAUCUCUCUCGAACUCUUGCAUGAGAUUAUUCAAGGAGUUGAAUAUCUGCAUGAACGUGGAGUUGUUCAUCGGGACCUGAAGCCAGCGAAUGUAUUCCUCUCAUUAUCAACCGGUCGCAAAGCGCCUGCCGGCUCUGUUGAUCUUGCUAGCUGCUCUUCAUGCUCAAAGCGUGAUCAUCACCAGCACGUCACGCCAAAGAUUGGAGACUUUGGCUUGGUAGCGGCAUUGGGUGAGUCGGUCACCAAACCAGUAGGCACCGAGUUCUAUCGGCCUGCUGUAUUGAGCAAAAUAAAUGAGAAGCUGGAUGUGUUUUCUCUUGGUGUUCUUGCUUUUGAGAUGCUUGAACGUUUCGGUACCAGAAUGGAGCGGGUGGAGGCGCUCACCAAGUUGCGCCGUGGCGAGUUUGUGGAAGGAUUUGCUGAAGACUGCGGCGAUAUGAAGGAGUUGGUGAAGAAGAUGAUUGCAGGCAUGAUGAUGGAUGAUUGUGAGGAGAGGCUCACUUGUGCGCGCACACGCGCCAAAAUCGUGAGGAUUGUUGGUGGAUUGCGGGUUUGA